GCGAUUUGCAAAAUAUUUUCUUUAUAAUUAAUGCAAGUAAUAAAUAUUUCAAACAAAAACUGAUAGAAACUCCAAAAGGACGUCAUAUUAUUCGAUUUAGAAGCAAAUUUUUUCCGUUUUGUUAAGAAUUCUCCAAAUUAAACUUUGGAAAUCGCACCGAUUUCAAAUCGUACGUUUUGCAGCACAUGCCCGAUUAUAAUAAUUAUUGAGCCAUGGGUUAAAAAUAUGUAUGUAUAUAUGUAUGAACGUCUAUAAAAUAUCUUUAUAUUUUUAUUUGAAGACUUACAUUAUGGCUACUUUGCUUGCUGGAAAUAUCGUCUACGGAGGACCAAUUACCUGCACUGAAACACAUUCGUGCAAAUCUUUAGGCCAUUUUGUGCUCGAGAAAUAUAAGAGUUUUGGUAAUCAAACGGUUAUAAUUGAUGCAGUUACUGGCCAGGAGUAUACAGCUAAAUAUAUGUAUGACUCUAUUGUUCGUAUGGCCUAUGUGUUAGAACAUUUGGGCGUAAAAAAUGGAGAUGUUGUGGGAUUAUCGAGUGAAAAUAACGUUCGUUUUGCCAUUACCUUAUUUGCUUCAUUCGCGGUGAAUGCUACAGUGGCGCCCUUAAACGUAACCUACACGGAUCGUGAAGUACAUCACGCCAUCAAUCUAUCUAAGCCAAAGGUUAUAUUUGUUUCAAAUUUAACGGCAGAUCUCAUAGCAAAGGUGGCAAAAAAGAACAGCUUCGUAAAAACAGUUAUUACAUUUGGUACUCGUAGUUCAGAUGAUAAAAUUUUAAAUUUCGAUGACCUUAUGAACAGCAAGGAAAUUAUAUCAGACGAGUACUUUGAAACGCCUGUCGCAAACAAAGAGGAUGAUGUUGCGCUGAUAGUAUGUUCUUCGGGUACUACUGGUCUCCCAAAAGGCGUGCAACUAACACAGUACAACAUUCUUACCACACUUGAUGCACAGUUUGAGUCAACCGCUAUUCCUAUGGGCGAGACCACAUUACUAACAGUGAUUCCUUGGUUUCACGCAUUUGGUUGUCUUACACUAAUUACAACAUCGGUUUUGAGAGCAACUCUAGUGUAUCUGCCGAAAUUUGAGGAAAAUCUUUUUCUCGGAGCAAUUGAGAAAUAUCGCAUAUUGAUGGCAUUCAUGGUGCCGCCAUUAAUGGUCUUCUUAGCAAAGCACCCACUUGUGGAUAAAUACGAUCUAUCAUCGUUGAUGAUUUUGGUUUGUGGCGCGGCACCACUUAGCAAGGAAACCGAGGAUCAGAUAAAAAAGCGCAUUGGCAUACCCGUUAUUCGACAGGGAUAUGGACUGAGCGAGUCGACUCUAAGUUUGUUGGUUCAAACCGACAUUGCCUGCAAGCCGGGCAGUGUGGGUGGUCUUAAAACGGGCCUUUAUGCGAAAGUUAUCGAUCCGGAAACAGGAAGAACACUUG